AUGACAUCAGAGGUUUUCUUUAAAUUCAUUGUAUUGUGUGACUUAAAGCUUGAGAGACUAGCAGGUGAACUCUUUGAGUGGUUUUCAAGUUUCACUUUGAAAUUCACCAAAUGAUACAUGCAUUUGAAUGCAGAGUUUAAGUUACAUUUUCUUUUGUUUCUGAUCCAUCAACAGCAGAAGAUCAAGCAAAUUUAUUCUUCAAUGAAUACGUGAAGCAAUCCCACAUGCAUCUGUUUUACAGGAUUGCUCUUUCAAUAUGUUAUUAUUCAUUGUCAACUCUUUGCUUUUUAGACCCAAAACAACAAUGCAACAUAAAGGAAAGUUAUAAUAUUGAAUAACAAAGACACAUCAGAUGCACAUUAUGCACAUAUAUAUGCUCAUAUAUUUGCAAAUAUAUGGAUCUUACAACUUGUGAAUGUUUGAUAAAAUUUGUCUGCAAAGUUAACCUAUAUGUGAGUGGUACUGUAUAAUGAAAUGCAUUGUUAUUUGCUCUUAGGAAAGAGAUGGAUGAUCCCUCAGAAGACAGUCGGCCAGGUCAGCCGGGUGUUGUCAAAAAGAUUUUUAUAACAAUAUCCCAGGUAAAAAAAUUUCCUCUAAAUGUGCACACCAUUUGUUUAAGGAGAUGGCUGCUAAACAGGAGGAUGGUACUAAUGUAUCUCAAGUCCAGUAAUUACACAUGAAUUCAAGGAUGGCGUGGAAUUGAUCCUAGAAACUUAAAAUGAUAUAGAAAGUUGUUCAAUUGAAUAGUAAUUUUUAAGUGCUAAUGCUUCUGUUUUAGCUCAGCUAUAUAAUGGUAAUUUCAUGUUCAAUACCUUAUAAUUUGAUAAACUCGCGUAAUUUCACUACCACAGAGAUACCAAACAUUUCUUGACACAACAGUUCCACAUCUUGCACUACGAUGGAUUUCAACUCUGGUUAUGAUACUCCUGUUUCUCAUCAGGGUACUUUAUCUUCAGGUAAGAUAAUGUGAGAAUGAGUUUAAUUGCUAUAGUUGAUUCUCAAUAGCUGGAACCACUUAACCCUUUAACUCUCAGAUCAAAUUUGUAAUUCUCCUUACUGUCAACUAUACAUUUCUUAUGAUGUUAGACAGAGAAUUUAGUAUUGGAUCAACUAAUUAUCCCCAAAUUGAUAUUUUUCAUUAUUCUCAUUACUUAUCUGGUUAAUAUUGUAUUGAUAUUGUAAGGAGAAAUUUGGUCUUGGUCACUCACAGGAGUCAAAGGGUUAAGGGGAUUGAACAAUGCUUGAACUAAUGGGAGUUGAAGUUUGUGGAAGGUUAGACUGGAGUGACAGGGCUGCUUCAAGAUAGUUCUAGUUUUGGAGUGUAGCAGCAUUUUGUUAAUUGUGUUUGUGGUUUUUUUUUACCUUUCAUCCUUUGACAAACAUUGUUUACGUUACUGGGUUCAAUUAUGUAGAAAUUGAUAUAAAGGGGAAAUCAGGAUAUUCUUGAGUUUCAGGCAGAUAUGAGUUUUUGUUGGUUCAAGGGACAGUGCAGCUUAAAGACAAGGGCACCAAAAUAAAAGGCUGAUACAAAUACUGGCAUUGACACACAAGCAUACAAGUUUAUACUUUUACUUAAAUUUGUUAUUAGUAUGUAUAAGCUAGCUGCUUGUUUUCUCUAUUGUGGAAUGGUCAUUGUUUAUUUGAAUGGGCCUUGUAAUUGCCUAAAAAACUGAUAGUCAGGCCAACCUAUUCCAAAUGUCCUUUGAUCAUCUUUUGUUUCUUGCACCUGUGUUUGCUUGUUAACCUCUGCGUUAACUUUUCAUAGUUUCAUUUAUGGUAAGUUUGCCUUGAGGUUUGCUUGAUGACCAGUAAUGCAGUAACUUUAGGGGCAUCAUAGUUUAAAGAAAGAAUGGUAAUCAAAUUAUGUUUUCCUUUACUUUCAGGGCUGGUACAUAGUCACAUAUGCUCUUGGUAUUUACCAUCUUAACCUGUUUAUCGCAUUCUUGACACCUAAAAUUGAUCCAGCUUUAGAAGAAUUAGGUGAGGAGGACCUAGGUGUGUUUCUUUAAAUAAUUUUUAUUUGAUAUACAGCACAGUACAUGUUAUCAUAGGUGCACAUACAGUAUAUUUUGUGACAUACCAUAGUUUUACAAUUUUAAGGGGCAAUGGCAGCUCUGUCUUGUGGAAAUGACAUAAAAAAGGACAGUGUUAGAAUCAUUUUUGGAUUUACUGAAUGUUUGGCUCUUCCCUCUUUCUUAAGUGGACAUAUUGCCACUGGCAAGGUCUUCUUUAAAUUGGAAACGUUGGCCAUUUUUGCCAGAGGGCAGGCAAUGUCCUCUAGCUAGUUUCACCUAGCUGGAUUGUGUUUGAUGAGUGAAGUAGUAGGCUUAAACUGCGAAGUUGGUUGUUUGUUGGCCAUUGUAUGCAACCUUUUAUUGGUAAGGUACAUAUAAAAAAUGGAAUAGUAAGGGACCUACACUAACUGAUGAGAGUUGCCUUUUUAUAGUUACUGUAUAAGAGCAAGAGACAAAAACUAUUAUUGACUUACUUCAUGUCUCUUUGAGACUUAAUCCCCCAUGUGGGUACAGUAUGUAUGGUAAGCCUGCAUGAAAGGCAUUCUUAUCAUUCAUUCAAUUACAUUGUGUAGAUUAGGCCAUCUUUGUCCCUGUCUAGUGCAUCCAUCCAUUCAAUUUUUCCAUACCAUAAAAUGCUAAUUUCUUUGAUUCUUUCUUCUCAGCUCCAUCUAGAGUAAUUAGGGUAGUUUCUUCAGUUUAUAAUUUCCCUUUAACCAUUUGGUUUGUUCACCACAGAUACAGUGUAAGUAUAUCUCACAUGUUAUUACUGUUAUCUUUACAGAAGAAGAUGGGCCUGAACUUCCUACUAAAGCUGAUCAGGAGUUCAGACCUUUUAUCAGAAGGUUACCAGAGUUUAAAUUUUGGUAAGUCCUUUUUGUGAAUGAUAGUUGGCUGUAUCAUCCCUGUUUUUUUUGUUUUUUGUUUUCUUUUGCUGGUUCUUACCACAUUUUGACAUCUAUAACAGUGACUUAAGGUGUAUAUGACAGCUUAAAAUUCAGUUCUGUAUUUGUUGAAAAUACAAGUACAGAUAAGGAAUUCAUUGUGUUCAGAAGUAAAGAAUUCAAGGAUAUGCCUUUUUCUAUUUGGUGGGUGGGAGAUUAUCAUUUUUGGAGUUUGUUUUUUUAGGUUAGCAAAGUUAGAUCACCUUUUUCUGUUUUCUUUUUCAGGUAUGGAGCAACAAGAGCUGUUGUUAUUGCCAUAGCAUGUACAUUUUUUGAAUUUUUUAACAUCCCUGUGUUCUGGCCCAUCUUAGUCAUGUACUUUAUUGUACUUUUUAUCAUCACAAUGAAGAGACAAAUUAAGGUAAGAGGAAUCGCAUUUUGGCCCAAAACCACCUGAACAGCAUUUAUUUUGUUUUCUUCUUUUUAUUUGCAGCAUAUGAUACGGUACCGAUAUCUACCAUUUACUUAUGGAAAACAGAAAUACAAAGGCAAAGAUGAGUCAAGUGAUGUGAUGAAAUCAUAAGGUUAAAGGACAAAAAAGUUAUUGUUGCAAAGUUGUACAGUAGAAUUUUUAGUUAUGGCUAACAGGAUGUGUACAUCUGAGUUGAUAAAAAUGCAACCUCAGAACCUCAUCUUUCAUCAUCUGAAAUUGGAGUAAUUACUGGAAUUAUUUGUAUUGAUUUUCCUCUCUGUAGAUUAUUAUUAAUUUUGAUCUAAAAAGUGUCAAUAUUAAGGUCUGUUGGUUAAGGAAAAAAGGUUAUUUUCAAUGUCUUGUGCAUGUACCAAACUAUAGGGAAAGUAUGCUUGUCCUACCUUUACUCUUAAGACCUACAUUUUCCAUGGUACCAAGGAGAAUUUGUUUGAAAAUCAGUAAGCCUCUUAAAUUGGUGAUCAUUUCCAUCAUUCUCAGGAUCUUUACAUUAGAUUCAAGUGUGGUACUAUGAGGAAACAUUAGAAGGAGUUAAAUUAUAGGUUAUUACAGUUUACAUAACACUGUACACUCAAGAUGUCAGUCGUAUCUAGUUUUUACUCACUUACGACUGUGCAACCAUUUUAUUCGGAAAUUUACGUGUAUGAGGCAGAUUCUUAGAUGUAAAAGAAUCCUCUUGUUUUUAAAUAAAGUUUAUCAAGAUUAGAUUUCUAGAUGCCCUCUAUUUCCCAUUUUCUCCCUUGUUUAUUUUGUGGGAUAAGGUGAAAGGAGAAAUGUACAAGUCUCACCAUCCAUCAUUUUUUAAACUGCAUACACCAGUAAGAAUGGGGAAAAGAUGGCCUUACCUUGAUCUGCAGUAUGUUUGAGGUUUCUGAAAGACAGGGUUGCUGUCUUUGCUGUCAUGAAUUUGAAAUGUAGAAACAUUCAGUAACAAUUAAGUAAGAUGAUAUGAACCUUUUACUCAGAUGAAUGGGUGAUUCCUUAUGGCUCACCUUCCUUGUAGAUAUCUUCAAUUGAGAUGAAGGCUUCAUGUAUUUAGGUCAUAGAAGACUAAAACUUGGUGUGCAUGUCCAUUUGCGUUAAAUUCUUCUUGUUUGAAAAUUAAAUAGAUUUUCUUAAAAGUAACCAACUUAGGAUAAGUCUUUUAAUUUGUCUAUAAUAAUUGUGUGUUCCUAAACUUUUGCAGUUGUUAAAUUUCUUUUGAAGUGUUUGUUUGUACUUCAAAAUGGUUUCUGUUCAAUUAGACUGGCCAUGGCCCCCUUAAUUCUUGGUUAAAUUGAAUGUACAAAAAUAACUUGAAGCUGUAAAGAAAUAGAGGCAAAAUUUGUGGUUGAAUCUUUAUUUCCCAGAGUAGGCUAUGAGAGAGUGAUAGGUUGGUGCAAAACUCAGUGGAAUGGAAAACUGUUUGGUACCUCUUAUGAAACAAUGUGUACUUUGUUAGAAUAUUUGGAGGAUCUGAACUUACUAGUUCAAAGAGGGACAGGAUUUGUCACAACAUUUCAACUUUUGAAUGUUUUAUUUUAUAUGUUAUGAGCAUUCCUCUAUCAUACAAUAUAUAACUAAAAUUUUCAUUUUCAACUGCAAGUUGCAACCUCAAUGGAAUCAAGCCAUGGAAACCAGGCCCCCUUUGCCUUUCUUGUUGAAGCUUGCAGUGGAGGGGAGCCUGCCUUUCAAGUCCUAACAAAAAAUUAAGUUUUUUCAUUUGAAUUCUUGAGGUGAAACUUACAGUCAGUGGUAUAUGAAAGUUAAAAAAAAUGUUUUUAAUGUUAUCUCACAUUGUCAUGG